UCUGAGGGGGUUCUGGAAAAUCAUAAAGUCACUUCUGUACUGAAGUGAAGGACCAGGUCCAGGAUGAGUUUAGACGCACCUUCCCAAAGUGUGGCCUGCAGGGUGAUGAUGUUUACGCCCUCUAGAGAUCAGUUUAAGGACUUCAACCGCUACAUUGCCUAUAUGGAGUCACAGGGGGCACACAGAGCUGGAAUGGCAAAGGUUAUUCCACCUAAAGGCUGGAAGCCCAGACGCACAUACGAUGAUGUGGAUGAGCUGGUGAUUCCUGCUCCCAUUCAGCAGGUGGUGACUGGCCAAUCUGGUCUCUUUACUCAGUACAAUAUCCAGAAGAAGCCAAUGACUGUCAAGGAGUUCUGCAAGGCAUCAACCAUGGACAAGUUCUGUAAUCCUCGAUAUGUGGAUUUUGACGAGCUGGAGAGGAAAUUCUGGAAGAAUUUGACCUUCAACUCCCCCCUUUAUGGGGCUGAUGUCAGUGGAACUCUGUAUGAUCCAGAUGUCACCGAGUGGAAUCUCGGCCAUCUGAGUACCAUUCUAGACUCAGUGGCCAAUGAGGGCAGCGUGACCAUCAAAGGGCUCACAUCACCCUCCCUCCACUUUGGAAUGUGGAAGAGCUCCUCUGCCUGGCACACUGAGGACAUGGAUCUGUACAGCAUCACCUACCUCCACUUUGGAGAACCAAAGUUCUGGUACACAGUCCCACCUGAGCACGGAAAGCGACUGGAACGGCUGGCCAGAGGUUUCUUUCCAGGGAAUGCUCAGAGUUGUGAAGCUUUCCUGCGCCACAAAAUGACUUUAAUUUCACCCUCCAUCCUGAAGAAAUACGGCAUACCUUUUUCAAAGGUCACUCAGGAGGCGGGCCAGUUCAUUGUGACCUUCCCCUUUGGCUAUCAUGCGGAUUUCAACUACGGCUUCAACUGUGCUGAGUCCACAAACUUUGCCACCCAGCGAUGGAUCGACUACGGCAAACAGGCAACACUGUGUUCCUGCCGCCAAGACUCAGUGAAGGUCUCCAUGGAUAGGUUUGUACACCGGUUUCAGCCUGAGCGCUACAUGCUGUGGAAGGCAGGAAAAGACACCUCUCCAAUUGACCACUCAAAGCCCACUCCAGAAGCUGCAGAGUUCCUCAAAGUGGAGAAGACCGAAAGUAGAGCAGCUUCUGUGGCCUCAGGAACUUCUGUCCAGCACGAGAACAGUCCAGAGAUUCAGGUUGGAGCUGAGCACCAGAAAGAAGCUCCUGCAGAACACAGUCCAGUCCUGAUCCAAAUGGAAACUGACGAGAAGAUGACAGAGCGCUCCCAUAAGGAAUCUGUUAGUCCAGUUAAAGAAACAGUGAAAGUGAAGAUGGAGCAAAAGCAGGGCAAAGACAUGAAGCCAGAGCUGAAGCAUCAUAACAAAGCCAAUGCCAAGGAUGAUUCUUGUAAAAGAAGCACCUCCAAAAAAGACAGCUGCACCCCUGAGAGUGAGGAAAUCCAAGCGGUUGUGCAUGACGUCUUGCACGUCCACAGCUAUGCGAAAGGUGACUACAGUGAGGGAGACGCCCCUGAGAGGGAGGAGCUAAAGAGGGACAGCAGUGACAGUGGGCCACAGAGAAACACCAGCCAUGAUGGAGCUCAGGUGGCAAAAGAGGUGAAAGAAAGUGGAGAACCAAAGGCUGAUUUAGGAGCACUGCCAGGUCAUCACCCACUCAUUAAGGAUGUCAUCAGUGAUGAAGAGACAGAGGAAGAAGCCCCUGUGGAGGAGGGCGGUCUGGAAGGGGAGAACUGGUCCAGACCUCUGGCUCAUCUGUGGCAGAGCAGACCUCCAAACUUUAAAAAAGAACGAGAGUACAACCAGCGCACUGGAGCUAAACCUCCAUACUGCUCCAUCUGCACGCUGUUCCACACCUACCAGCAGACUGAAUAUGCCAGCAGUGCUGAAAAUCCUGUCACGGUAGCCGGAGGGUGGAUGAGGACCAAGCCCCUGAUCCCAGAGAUCUGCUUCAUCACUACGACAGAAGAAGAUUCUGAGUGCGAGCCGCAGUGUGUCUCACCUUAUGUGGAGGAUGAUGGAACCAGUCUUCUGAUCAGCUGCUGCCAGUGCUGUGUCCGCGUCCACGCCAGCUGUUACGGUGUUGAUGCAGCAAAUGUAACCACGGACUGGAGAUGUGCCCGCUGUGAGGCUAACGCCAUGACCGAGAAUUGCUGUUUGUGUUCACUGAGGGGUGGAGCUUUGCAGAAAGCCAAUAACAACAAGUGGGUCCAUGUCUUAUGUGCUGUGGCCGUGCUCGAGGCUCGCUUUGUCAACAUCGCCAACAGAAGUCCAGUGGAUUUAAGUGGGAUUCCUCUGCAGAGAUUUAAAUUGAAAUGUUACUACUGUAAGAAGCGGAUGAAGAAGGUGUCUGGCUGCUGUGUGCAGUGCUCCCAUGGCCGCUGUCCCACCGCCUAUCACCCAACCUGUGCCCAGGCAGCUGGAGUCCUAAUGCAGCCUGAUGAUUGGCCCUUUGUGGUUCAUGUGACUUGCUGUCGACAUAAAGGUCCCAUUCAUACUGAGCGUAAUAAGGCUGCCAUGCACGAGCUGACUGUGGGACAGAAGGUAAUCUGCAAGCACAAGAAUGGCCGUUAUUACCAGUGUGACGUGGUGCAGCUGUCCAAAGAGACGUUCUAUGAGGUCAACUUUGAUGAUGGAUCUUUCAGUGACAAUCUCUUCCCUGAGGACAUUGUGAGCCGAGACUGUGCGCAGCUGGGACCCCCACCUCUGGGUGAAGUUGUUCAAGUGCGAUGGACAGACGGGCUGGUCUAUGGUGCAAAGUUUGUAGCUGCGCAUGUGAUCCAGAUGUACCUGGUUGAGUUUGAAGAUGGGUCACAGUUGACAGCCAAGCGGGAUGAUGUGUACACCCUUGAUGAGGAACUCCCGAAGAGAGUCAAAUCCAGACUGUCCAAAGCAUCUGACAUGCGAUUUGACGGCAUUUUUGAAGACAAAGAGAUCAUUCAGGAGUCAAAGAGGCAACGAGUGAUUAACUCUCGUUACCGUGGUGAUUACAUCGAGCCUGUGAUUUACAGAGCCAUCAUGGAGUGAGCGCUGCUGCACGCUGCCACCUGGGACCGUCUGACUGCUGUCAUCUGGGAUUGUAGACAUUAUUCUGUUUUUCAGUCAGUCUCAUUAUGGAAAUGUUUUUCCGUAACGUGUCAGUUUGGCUGUCAAUAAAGCAUCAGGUUGAAUGUUUCACUGAGGCAUUCUGGGUAACAGUUGAGCCUCAUUUGUAUUGUUAAAGUUUGACACCUGCAGCGUCCGUAUGAUGUAACGUUGUCCACCAGUCACGGAGCACCUCCAUGUUUCAUCAGCAUCCAGAAACUCUUCAUCCCAUGAUGCUUCACUCCUGGCAGACCCCCUGAGUGUAUCUGAUGAUGGCGUACGUGACUGCCGGCUUUCAGAGACUGCAGAAGUGGUGGACUUUGACUUAUUUGUUGAUGUCUUGAGUUUGUUGUCACGGAAACCAUCUUAAUCAGUCUCUAACACUUUUAUUCCAAUCUGACAGUUUUUCUUUGGGUUGAUAAA